GUGGCCGGAAGGGGCGGCCCCGCGGCCGCUCAAGGGACAGGGCGGCCAGGCCGCGGCGGUCCUCGGGCUCGAUGUGGCCCAGUGCCGAGGUCCCGAGGGCGGAGCCCCGGCCAGAGGCCGGCCCGCAUGGGGGUGGAUCUAGGCGCUGCUCCGAUGUUUGCAGGUUGUCGGAGCCCGCCCCAUCAGUGACCGGGGAGCGGCCGAGCCUCGGUGACUCCGGACGAAGCUCCCUGGUCUCAGUGCCUGGCUCGCUGAACGAGGUGGCCGGACGGCUCGGGACCAUGGCCAGAGCCGGCAUGGAGAGGUGGCGCGACCGGCUGGCACUGGUGACGGGAGCCUCGGGGGGCAUAGGUGCGGCCGUGGCUCGGGCAUUAGUCCAGCAGGGACUGAAGGUGGUGGGUUGUGCCCGCACCGUUGGCAACAUCGAGGAGCUGGCUGCUGAAUGUAAGAGUGCAGGCUACCCCGGGACUUUGAUCCCCUACAGAUGUGACCUGUCAAAUGAGGAGGACAUCCUCUCCAUGUUCUCGGCUGUCCGCUCUCAGCACAGUGGCGUGGAUAUCUGCAUCAACAAUGCCGGCAUGGCCCGGCCUGACACCCUGCUCUCAGGCAGCACCAGCGGUUGGAAGGACAUGUUCAAUGUGAAUGUGCUGGCCCUCAGCAUCUGCACUCGGGAGGCUUAUCAGUCCAUGAAGGAGCGGAAUGUGGACGACGGGCAUAUCAUUAACAUCAACAGCAUGUGUGGCCACCGAGUCCCACCCCAGUCUGUCAUCCAUUUCUAUAGUGCGACCAAGUAUGCCGUCACUGCAUUGACAGAGGGACUAAGGCAAGAGCUUCUGGAGGCCCAGACCCAUAUCCGGGCCACGUGUAUCUCUCCAGGCUUGGUGGAGACACGGUUUGCCUUCAAACUCCAUGACAAGGACCCCGAGACAGCCGCUGCCACCUAUGAGGACAUAAAGUGUCUCAAACCCGAGGAUGUGGCUGAGGCUGUCAUCUACGUGCUCAGCACACCCCCACAUGUUCAGGUUGGAGACAUCCAGAUGAGGCCCACAGAGCAGGUGACCUAGUGUUCUGUGAGGAACUCCUACCUUCCCCACCCUUCAUGGCUGGCCUCCUGCCUCUGGAUUUUAGGUGUUGAUUUUUGGACCCUUGAUCUUACUUCCUUAUCCACUCCACUAGGGAUAGAAAAUUUGUCAAAUUAUCCCCAUUAUACAUGUGAAAAAAAAAGGGGGGGCUGGGGAGAGAAGGCAUGGUUGUGGCUGUUUUAUCUGCUGACUUGUUCUGAGUCCCUCUCUUGGGUUCCUUAGCCUUUACUCUCCUCAGCCUCUUCCUCUUGACACAGGCAAGGGAUGUGGCCAAAAGGGGCACUGUUUAUUUUAUUGCACCCUACCCUCUGCCCCUUAGGGUUUGGGUAGUAGGCAGAACCUCAUCUUUUUCCUGUAUAGUUACCCAGGGCUCCAGGCUCCCUUUCCAGUCCCCCACCCUUCCAGUCCAAUUUUGGCUCUUAUCCUGGGGUGAUUACUGCACUCUAACCAUGGCUACAGAAUACCAGGACCUGUCUCCGAGCUUACAUUUCACUGUAACAAUUAAAGAGAAAGAUCGCAACCUA